GGCGAAACGUCGUGGAACGCUACGCGUCGAUGACUUAGACUUGUAAAUCGCCCAGCGCGUCGCCGCACUGCACUGCAUGGCGUCCUCCGUCGUCGCGCCGUCGCGCGGCGUCUCGCCCGUCUUCACCCGCGCGCGCGCUCGACAAUGUUCGCGCGCUACGACGAGCCCAUCGUGCUCCGCGAUUACCAUCGACGUCUCCUCGCACGCGAGCGACGUCGUAGGCGCCGCGGCGUGUCGAGCGCUCAGUUUCAGCCAAAACGUCCCGAGCGACCGAAGCGCGUUCGCCAAGCGCGCGCACGUCGCGAUGAAGAUUGAGAACGAAACCACGUCGCUGACGAACAAGCUGUGCGGCGCUGAGGUCGGUUACGAGAACGUGAAAGUGGUGCUCAUCGUCGCUCGAGCGCCCGCGUCGUCGGCGCAGUACGACAUACGAGAGUUCGAUCCGGCAUCGUUGAGCGUGCGCGACGGCGCCGAGACGUCUUUGAUCGUCGGUUCGUUAGACAUUAACAUCGGCGAUCGUUUACCGGCGGAAGAACUCGCUGGAACGCGCUCGCUCGGAAGACGCGCGUAUUUAUCAAACGUCGGCGUGGCGCCCGCCGCGAGACGGACCGGUGUUGCCUCGCGCAUGAUAGAGCGCGCGUCCAUCAUCGCGAGGGACGAAUACGCCGUGCACACGCUGUACGUCCACGUCCAGCACGACAACGACGCCGCGAUCGCUCUUUACGAACGUUCAGAUUUCAUCCGCGAAGCGCAAGAAACCGCCGGCGCCGAGUCGUCGCUCGGCCGUCCCGCCCGCGUCUUGCUACGCCGCGAUUUGCGCAUCCAUUAGCUCUAGCCCCGCAGAACGCACAUCAAUUGAACGCCGGAAACAUCCUCGUCUUCUGUCCGAUAGCGAGCGCUUAGUUUUGAAGUGUGACGCAUAGAAUUUCAUCUACAGUAUCAAUUUUGG